AUGGCGGCCUCGCUUGCUCAGCUCACCAGCACGCCGCACACCAAUGGCAUCUACUCGGACAUGACCGUCGACGGCCCGGAGAUCGGCACCCUCGUGGCCGUCGUCGACCGCGCCAAGAACCUGCCCAACCGCAAGACCAUGGGCAAGCAGGACCCCUACUGCGCCGCCCGCCUCGGCAAGGAAGCGAAGAAGACGGAGACGGACAAGCGCGGCGGCCAGACGCCCAGAUGGGACCAGGAGCUGCGCUUCACCGUCCGCGACUCGCCCGACUACUACCAGAUGAAGGUCUCCGUCUUCAACGACGACAAGAAGACGGAGCUCAUUGGCGAGACCUUCAUCCGCCUCGACGAAGUCAUCGUGCCCGGCGGCGGCCAGAGCGACACCUGGCACGGCUUGCUGUGCAAGGGCAAGUACGCCGGCGAGGUCAGACUCGAGCUCACCUACUACGACACUCGCCUGCCCGUCGAGCGUCCCGUUGCCGAAAAGAGGAGAGAGCACGCGCCCGUCAAGCGCAGGCCACUCCCCACCAACCCAGCGGCCGAGUCGCCCAUUGUCGCUGCUGAGAUCCCACCGCCUUCGAAGAACACCCGCGUCUUCCACACCCCUCCGUACCAGCAGCACACGCUGCGCCCCAGCAGGUCGACCGACAGCGCCCAGUCCGGCUUGCCCUUCUCGCCCGACGACUACGACGUCUUCCACCACCGCCCGGCCGACGCUGCGCAGCCCGACGAACUGUACGCACAGCAUUAUCCCGUCCAGCCUAUAGCUCCACCUCAGCAGACGUCCACCCAUGCACGCCAUCUGUCAAUGGUCCCGCAGCGGGGCCCUGGACACGACUCGCGGGCCAGACCACUGAGCUACAUGGAUGUGCCCCACUCUCACUCCGCUCCUGUCGUUCCCACCUCCCACGGUUCUCCUGAAGCACUGCUCGACAGGCGCACUCAGUACCCUCCUGAAAUCCCGCCCUUGAACGAUUAUCACCCGGAUUCGAGCCUUGGCGACUUUUAUCCAGAGCAAGAUCAGCAGAGCUACCCGGCGUAUGGAGCUGCUUAUCGCAUGUCACGGAGCGCUAUGCAGCCUACCGUCGAGGAUGAAGACGACGCAGCUCCGCCGCCCCCGCCUAUGCACAGGAGCAGUGCUCCGGCCAGCGUGCCUCAGGUCCCAGAGUACUCUGACAUGACCCCUCCGCCGCUUAACGUUGGAGAGCGCCGACACACCCAUCCCCACGCCCCCAGCUCUCCGGCUGCCCCCCCGUAUUCUGGCGAGGCCUCCGCCCGCCCGUCCAGCCAUGAUGACCCUUUCGCCGUUCCCUCAGCGCUUGUGCCAGGGGGAGCUUCGGCAGACCCGCGCAUGUCAAUCCACCAGCAUCGCAUGAGCGUCAGCGCCUAUCCUCCCUCAGCUAAUGGGUACGGAGCACAGCAGGCAUAUCCCACAACUUAUGGGACGCCCCCGAGGCAGCAGUACCAGCUUGAGUACCACACUCCGCCUCGCGGGUCGCCGACGUCUCACCCCCAGUCCUACAGCGGCACCCCGCAGGACAGUGUUGCUCUCGUGAAGCCCCAUGCCGUGAGCCCUGUUUCGUCACACUACGAUGUUCGCCAGUCGCGCAUGGCCAACCGCAGUACACCUGGCCGUAAGUCCGUGUCACCUCGCCCGCCAACGUCGGACGGGUCCCGGGCACCAUAUGGCCCUGACAGUUUCGAAUCGUACAAUCCACGUGCGAGCCCGCGGAACCCAACCCAAGCCCGCGACAUGGACAUCAACGGCCGUGAUGAGCACGGCAACAUUGUGACUCCUGAUGGUCGCAAGAUUGAUCCAUCGGAUCACCUCCCAAUUGAUUCGUGGGCCCCGGAGCCAGAACCCAAGGGUAGGGAUCGCGACAGGAAGCCUCCAACCCGUGAGCGUGACCGCCUCAACGGUGCUCGUGAGAUUGGCAGUCGCCACGCGGAUCGCGCCAUCAGGGAUGCCGUGGCAGGCACCUUUGGCGGUGGAAUGGAAAACUCGCCAUCCCCUACCUCCGGUACUCGCCGCCUCCAGAAGCGCAACAUGCAGCCUCUGCGUGAGCGCGAGAAUUUCGGCGGGUACGGUAGCUCACCGGGUGGGUAUGCUGCCCACAGCGGACCACCGAUUCCGGCAAAGGUCCCGUUGAACGACGGCAUGGGUGCCGAGGACUUGUCCGCUUUGAGCGAAGAGCUGAAAGGCAUCGACAUCGGCGCUACGCCUGCAAGCACGAGGGGACGGUGGCGGAGACGUGGCUGA